AUGGCAAAACGGACGAGACUAAAACCAGAGACACGGGAGCUUCGGGCAAGACGAAAGAGCAAGUGUACUACCAAGUGUUCUGGAACCGCCCCAUGCUCUUACUGCUCGAGGACUAGAAAACGAUGUCGCUUCGAGAGUGUACCAUCUCGGACACCGUUGACUCGCAAGAACCUUGAAGAGAAGGAGCAGCUCUGUGAGAAUUUGAUGACCCUUGUCCAGACUUUGGAUCCCAACAUCGACAUCGAAGAAGCAUUGAAAUCAUUGGCAGGGGCUGGACAGGGGCAUGAUGGUAAUGAAACAGACCACAACAGCCUGCUAUGUGUAAGCCUUGAUGCGAAAAGUCCCACCCCAUUAGAGAACUUUGAAUGGAACGAGGGUCCAAUGACCUCGUCUCAUCCGCCAAACAAGUCUCUCGAUGGAAUGGCAUCACUGCCAACCGAAGGGCCAGGAUCCGGUUACUUAGAUUUACUACCCGAGCAUCCUGCUCCUUUGGUUACUCGAAGAGCACAACACCCUGCAAACUCGACCAAAUUAGCGAGUCCGCACAUUCUGAGGGAACUUGAUAACUCCAUCCUCACGGACUCUCUAUUUGACGCCUAUUUCGGGUGCUGGAAGGAACAAAACCUGCGAAUGAUGCUAUGGUGGGGAACUCAGCGUAUAUGCGGUUCUCCGUCAGACAGCGAAGAAGCCCGAAACAUGUGCCACUAUGCCGCCGUAGAGUGUAUCCAGGAUAUCACUACCUUCUGUGUUGACUAUUCGGAUACGCUACAUUUCGGCCUAUGCUGGUACGCGACAUACUUCCUCUUCCAGGCAUCCGUCGUUCUCAGCAUCUAUCAUCUCCGACCAAAGGAGCCGUUGGAUAGAAGCUUGGCGGCGGCAAAUCACGAGCUCUGGAUAUCUUCCAUAGAGAGAUCGCGUGACUGCCUCGCUAAUUUGAGCCCGAAGAAUCAAGCUGCAGCGCGGUGCUUGGAAGUACUUGACCGGAUUAUGUACCAGUCACAAGCUACCCCUACUGCAGUGGGGGAGCCUUCCUCGACAAGUGUCCCGGGCACGGCACAAUUACCAAUGGAGUAUAAUAGCACGGGCACGCGUCUCGAUAAACUUGCUGUUGACCCUUCCUUUCAGAUGCUCUUUGAUGCGACGUCAUUUGAUAUGGAUAUCUUUGAAGGACUCGAGGGGUUUCCGAAUACGAACGAAGUUGAAUCGUUUGAUUAUGUUUCAGGAGCUGCACUGGUCGCUGACAAUGCAGAGGAUUGGCAAAUGUGA